CAUGGCUCAGCUAGCAUGUGUGGCUGUGCUAACUUUGUAGAUUAGCAGAGUAAUGUUGUAGAUUUCUUUUCCUUCUUCGACUCUUGGAUGUGUGGAAGUGUCCGGGUUUGAGGAUCUUAAAACUUUAUUUUGACGGUUCUCAGAGACUUGAGAGGACGAGAAACAAGAUCUGAAUACGAAGAGGAGCUCCACCACCAAAGAAUAUCCUGGAUGUGACUUUAAGACCUGCUAUAAAGCUGCAGGAGGCUGGCGUCCUUGGUGAGUAAAGAAGAGCAGCAGGAGUGUAGUCCCAGUCUAGACCAGGAGGACACUGAGCCCCCCCACAUUGUGAGAGGAUAAUGAUGAACUGAGGAGCAGUCAGGAAGGGGAGCAGCUUCACAGACUGGAGGAGGCUGAUAUCACCAAUCCUGUUUCUUUAAACAGUAAAAUGAUGGUAGAAACCUCAGUCCUCACAGCUUCAUUGGGAGCUGAUGAAGAGGACUGUGGAGGAGCAGAACCAGCCAGGAGCGCAGAUCCAGAGAGACAUCUACAACUAAAGACUGAGGUCAAGACUGAGGACUCCUCAGGAUUUGAGACUGAUGACAGUGAUGAUUGGCAGAGGACCACAGAGCAUCCAUCACGUUUAGCUUUUCUAAGAAAUGAUGACGUCUACCAGACUGCAGCAACUUUUGACUCUGACAGAAUCUGUCACACAGGAAGGACAUUUUUCAGUGGCUCAGGAUGUUUGAACCAGAUUACAGUAAAUGGAGCUGUGGGUCAUGAAAUCGAUGACAUCGGGGUACACAGAGAAACAAAGCAGGAGGACAGUGCAUCCUCAUUUAUUAAGGAAGAACAGGAAGAAGUCUGGAUCAGUCAGGCCGAUACCCCAAAGUCCCUGUUCACUCCUGUUCCUGUGAAGAGUGAAGCUGAUGAAGAGAAACCUCAGUUCUUACAUCUUCAUCAGAGACAAAGUAAACAGAUGGAAAGAGGAGCUAAUGGAGAGGACUGUGGAAAACCAGAACCAGCCAGGAACUCAGAUUUGGAGAGCCAUUUACUACCAGAGACUGAGGUCAAGACUGAAAACUUUUCUGGAACUGAUGACAGUGUGGACAGUGAUUUUUGGACAGAGACCAGACAACGGCAGCCAAGUUUAGAAUCUGUAGAAAACACUGACCAUGCUAGAGAAAUGGCUCAAAAGAUAUCACAAAGCUGUUCAGAGUGUGGUAAAACCUUCAAAACAAAAUGGCUUUUGAAACAACAUAUGAGAAUCCACACAGGAGAGAAACCCUUCAGCUGCUCUGUUUGCACUAAAAGUUUUUAUCAUAAGGGAAAUUUGACAAAACACCUGAGAGUUCACACAGGAGAGAAACCCUUCAGCUGCUCUGAGUGUGGUCAAAGAUAUGUUGACAAAUCUUAUCUGAAGUGUCACUUAGCAGUUCACACUGGAGAGAAACGCUUCAGCUGCAGGGUUUGUAAAGAAAGAUUCUCAUGGCAUUCGCAGCUGAAAAAACACAAAUGUGUCAGAGGUCAGGAUUCAGAGCAUCCCAAAACCCAAAACAGGGGAAAAAAGAAGCAGAAACAGAAGUUGAGAGAGAGGGAGCUGGAGAGAACUGUUGACCAGCCUGGAACUGAAAUCCAGUGAGACAUUUGCAACAAGAGACUGAGGACAAGGCUGAAACCUGAGACUGAAGACAGCCAUGAUGAUUGGUAGGAGACCAGAGAACAUCAUUCAGGGUCAGACUGAGAACUAAAGAAGUUUAUUUCAGUGACAUGAGAUGGCUUACUGAUGAGAAAACACUCAGGAAAUUAACCUUCCUUAAACAGGAGAGACACCAUCUGAUCGUUAUGCUCUUGGUGAAUGUUCACAUAAAGGUUAUUGUAUGAGAAGCUCAAAACACACAAAUUAAUGUCAAAACGAUCGCCCUCAUUGUUUUCAAACCCACACCACUGGCCGCGAGGCGCACCAUGGCACUUUUACACCACUGCUCUAUUUCCUGCUGGUCACGGCUGGCUGAGUGUUUCCUGAGAAAAGCUGUUUUAUCUCAUAAGUGCUAACUUUUCAGAGUUUGUGCUAAUUAAAAAAAAAAAGAUUAUUGUUUUCUGAAGCAGCAUUGGUUUUUAUUGUAUGGCCAACUUAAGGAUAUUUGCAUUUAUUCCUGUAAUGUAAUGUCUAUUUCUGUUAUUCAACCCCCCCAGCUUAUUUUCAGUUUCUUUUUUAACCUUUUUUCCUUGUUCAUAUCCAAUUUUAGUA